AAUUUUUGUUCAAAACCCUUUUGAAAAAACCCAUAAAAACCUUAUGCUCACUUCACUCACUCAGUCAAGCAUUUUGUUGUAGAUUCCGGGAACACGUUCUUAUCAUAGUGAACCAUUCAUCCUCUAGCUUUUGGGUGAACUUGUUUACGUAAGUGAUUGUGCCUAUCCUGUGGCACUUUUGGCUGUAGCUCUUAUGCUCCUUCUAAAGGGCUGUCUCUGCAAAGAUGGGGCACAACCAUAAUCCCAACAUAAUUGAAUAGGAUAUGAAAUGCAUAAAACAGUGAUGAUGGGUGGUGUUGGCACGAGAAUGAGGGUGUGGGUAUCACCAUACUCUUAUUCUGCUCCUUCAAUUCUUGGGCAUGUUUGGAAAAGAAACAGAAGCGGAAGCAGAAGCAGAAGCAGAGUUGCCAUUGAUUCCGCGACACCUGCAUUCUGUGGGAAUGUUGAAACUUCCAAUGCCUUGCCUCCUAAACGUUAUCCGGAGUACAACAGGUUGCUUCCUUGUCCUCGACAAAAUGAACCACCAAGGAUAGAACACCUUGUGAUGGAGGAAUCAGGAAAUGUUGUUGAUCAUAUCUGUGAAAAGCUUGAUCUUCCUCCUUUCUAUGUUGCAGAUCUCAUUCAUUUUGGAGCUGUUCACUGUGCCUUAGUGUGCCCAAAGCCACCUUCAACUGCAAGUGCUCAGCAAAUUCGGUUGUUCAAACAAGUAACUGCACCCACUAUAUUGAAGAAGAGACCAUCUCUCAAAGGAAAAACAAUUCGAGAGGCACAAAAUACCUUCAGAAUAACCAGUCCUAAUGAAUACAUAGAAGCUGGGUCUUAUUUACGUGUUCAUGUGCAUCCAAAACGCUUUCCAAGAUGCUAUGAGGUUGAUUGGGCUUCAAGAGUUAUUGCAGAGACUGAUUCAUAUGUUGUUCUAGACAAACCUGUUGGUAUUUCAGUCGGAGGAACAACAGAUAAUAUUGAAGAGACUUGUACAAUGUUCACAACUCGAGCAAUGAAGCUUAGUUCACCCCUAAGGACUACCCAUCAACUUGACAACUGUACAGAAGGCUGUGUUGUGCUUUCUAAAACUGUGGAAUUCUGUGCAGAGUUUCACACAAAGCUUCGGGAGAAACAAGUUAAGAAGUUAUACCUUGCAUUAACUGCUGCACCUGUUCCACCUGGGAAAAUAUCCCAUUAUAUGUGUCCAGAUAAUUUUGCUCCUCGAAUUCUUUCUAAAGAGCCUUUUGAAGGAUGGCGGUUGUGUCAACUUGAGGUACUGGAAUGCAAAGAAGUACCUUGGCCGGAUACUGCUAUUGAAGCCACAUAUGGCAUUCGGGACUGUGGAUGGUCCCCAAAAGAUGUUGCAUAUGAAUGCAAAAUAAAGCUAUUGACAGGAAGGACGCAUCAGAUCCGAGCUCAGCUGGCUGCUUGUGGUUCCCCUAUAAUUGGUGAUUCUAUUUACAUGCUAGCUUCAAUUAAGAUGAUAAUGUCACCUCACCUAUAUCCAUUUGCAGAAGCUGAAAGCAAGAAAAAUGUAAGGAAUAGCGAGGCUAUGAAUUCUGCAAUUCAUCAAUGGAAAUCACAGCAUGGUAAGGAACCAGAUAUUGCUAUUGGUCUUCAAGCAUGUGAAAUCUCUUGGAAUGAUGGUGAAUGUACUUACCAAGCUGGGCUGCCUUGGUGGAGGUCUAAUUGAUGGGUGCCUGAGCAUUGCAAUCUGGACAACUGAUGUCAAUUCAAAAAUAAUGUAAUUGAUUAUUUUCUCCAUGAGUUAUCCCCUCUUUACAUAGGCUUUCUCGAGAAAGAUGCUGAAAGAUGAAUUUUGUGAAGUCAUCUUUGCUUUGAAGUUGUAUGAUGCAUUUGCCUUCAAAUUGAAAGAAAUGAUAGUUGAAGCAUAUUGUGUUUCAUGCAAGUACACUUUGGUCAAUUUUCAUUUAAAAUUAGUAUUAUUCAUGCAAUGAUGUCAAGCCAAGCCUGCAUGCUCGUGGAUAUGCUAAUGAUUUUUUAAGUAUCUCUAACCAAGGAACUUUUUAGUGG